CGAGUCGCGGCGGGCUCCAGGCUUUCCAGAAGUCAGAUGGCAGGAGGUAUGGCGCCCCUCAAGAAGCCUCGGAAUCCCACAAAAUUACCCUUGGCUUUAAACCCCACGAAGAGUAAGGACGUUUUGGCAGUGCUGGCUGAGAGGAACCAGGCCAUAAUACCAGUUGGGGCAUGGGUGGAACCUGCCUCACCAAAUUGCUCGGAAAUCCCCGCACAUGCUUCAGCAUACAUGAUUGAAGAGGAAAUAAAGGAGCAGCAACGAAGAAAACAAGAAUCUCUGAAACAUUUUCAGAGACAAGUCCAACACCGGGUAAACCAGCAAGUUAAGCUGAGGAAAAAGCAACUCCUUCAGAAGUCCUACAAAGCAGCAGAAAAGGAAGGCCACAUAGCCAUGCAAUGCUCAGAUCCGACACAUUUAACUCCUAAAAGAACAAGUGUUUUCCCCAGCAAUUUGAACGCUGCUAUUGGAAGUUGUAGGUUACCCCCUUCCCAGGUGCCUGGGGAUGCAACAGAAGACGGAGAGAAUCAGAAUCAGUUGUUUAAACAACAAGCUCACGCUCUUAGUCAAACUCUGAAACAGGCACGUCAGCAGCUGGCAUCCUUUAAAACUGUGGGUGACAGAAAGACACCAGUGUUUCUAAAUGGUAGAAGGAAAGAUUCUCCUGCCCAUGAGAAAGCACUUCUUAGCAAACCAGCAUGCAUCAAGAUAAACAAAGAAGUAGGAGAGGAACCCCCUGGUAAGAUCCACGAAGGCCCUUUAACUACAAUUCAUUACCAGAACUUUAUGGAAAAUCAGGACCUUGGCUGUGGGGAAAUUUCAUCUGUUGUGACAGGUAAAAAGGAGAAAGAAGAUUGGUGUGUGGGUUACCAGCAGGAUCUCCUUUCUGAGGACAGAGAAAAGGCUGUCAGCAAAGUUCAGAAAGUAAAAUUCAAAAAUCCAUUAUUUGUUGUGAUAAAAGAAGAUGAACAAAAGCAAUUGAAUCUUCAUAGCCUUCAGGAUGUUCUUCCACAAGCCCAGGAUUAUUUUGUAGAAGUUCAAGGCAACUGUCCAGAAUCCCAGAGUGGUGUGAUAGAUGUCCUUAAUGUUGAGCCCAAAGCUUCGAGUAUUGAACCUAAAACUCCAGGUGUUGAACCAAACACCCAGGCCACUGGAAUUGAGUUUAAGACCUCAGAGCCAGAAGCCCAGGCUCUUACGACAGCAAGUCAGGACAUUGUUAAAGCCCAGACUGUUGAGCUGGAUGAGAAUAUUGAGUUGGAAGCUCAUGAUUUUCUACCUCCAAAUCAGACCAUUUCAUCUAGAGACCGGGAUUUUCUGCCCAAAUGCCAAGACCAGGACUCUUUACCCAAAGACCACCAUGUUCUCUCUAAAUACUGGAAUGUUCUUCCUAAACAUCAGGGCCAGCAUAGUCUGCCAGUAGACCAGGAAUUUCUACCUAGAAAGCAGCUUGCAUUAUCUGAAGAACAGAGUCAUCCACUCGAAUGUCAGAUCCAGGAUCUCCCACCUAAAGAAAAGAGUUUUCUGCCCAGACACCAGUAUAAUUUACCUAUGUAUCAGGACAGAAGAGGUCCACAUGUUCUUCCUAAAUGUCAGGAUCAUGAUGUUCUUUCCAAAGACCAGAGUAAUCUACACAAAUGUCAGGAGCAGGAUCUUCCACUCGAAAACCAGGACAUGUUUCUCAAGCAACCGUCAACUUUCAUGAAAGGAGAGAGAGACGAAGAGGAGUUACCUCUGGUGUGUCCUCAGAUCCAGGACCAAAUUUUCCUUAGAGAACAGUACAGGAGCUAUGAGCAGUCGUCAUGUGAUAUGACAAAUGAAAGAUGGAAAAAGGAAUUAUAUCCAGAGUGCUACAGAUAUAGUUUACAUGAAAUCCAGGAUCCAGACUCUGCAUGCAAGCAGCAACCAUCUGUUAACACAACUGAGAAGUGGCAAGAGGAUUUACAUCUUGGUAGUCGUGAACAUCUUCCACGCAGACACUGGAGAGAAACAUGCAGCAGGAGACAACAGGUUUAUGAGGAGUAUCGGUCGGGACUGAGCAAAUACCAUGCUUCACUGGCCUUUCAGUCUGGAGUGGAUCAAGAAGAAGACAGGAAAGAGCGUCAAAAGCAAUACUUGAGACACAGGAGACUUUUCAUGGAUAUUGAGAGGGAGCAAGUGAAAGAACAAAACAGACAAAGAGAACAAAAGAAAAGAAUUGAAAAAAUUAAGAGAAGGAAAGAGCAGCAGCGCCAUGCUGAAGAGCAGAGGCUCCUGAGAGCGCACUGUCGUGAAGAGCCUUGUUCAGAGCAGAAGAUAAGUGAUGUCUUAGCCCAGCUACAGCUUGAAGAAAUGAAAGGAGCCAGAGAGAAACAGCACCAGAGAGAAAAAGAAUAUGUAAGAUAUGUAGAAGCUUUGCGAGCCCAGGUCCAGGAGAAAAUGAAGCUGUAUAAUAUUACUUUGCCUCCAUUAUGUUGUUGUGGUCCUGAUUUUUGGGAUGCUCAUCCUGAUACCUGCGCCAACAAUUGCAUUUUCUAUAAAAACUACAGAGCAUAUAAUCGGGCCUUACAUUCAGUCAUCAACUCUUCUGAUAUCUCUGAGGGGAACGCGACUCUUCGAAAUGCUAUUCGUAAUUUUGCUUCUGUACAUAGACGGACUUCAAAAAAAAGUCUACAAUAAGAGUCUGAAAUCAGUGCCAAUGACUGCUAAAAAAUGUCAGCAG